AUGGUUGAACGCUUCGAUGUGAAAUCAACUUCCCGCAUCCCCGCUACCCCUGGUGCCGAUCUAGGGCCGAAGCGAGAGGAUGAGGAAGGAGGGGAGUGGCCGGUGAGGGAGGCCAUCGGCAGCAUGAUGUGGGUGUCGACUUUCUCGCGUCCAGACGUCUCGUUCGCCGUGCGUGCGGUAGCGCGUCACGCCUACGCCCCGGCGAAGCGGCACUGGGAUGCCGUACAGAAGAUCCUCGGCUACCUGAAAGGGACAAGGGACCUCGGCAUCAUCUACCAACGGGGAUCGGGGUUAGGGCUUGCCGUGUACGUAGACGCUAGCUACGCCGACACGGAGGAUAGGCGUUCGGUGUCAGGGUUGGCGACGACGGUUGGAGGUACCGUAGUCAGCCAUGGUAGCAAGACGCAGAGUAUCGUGUCUUUGUCUUCAACGGAAGCCGAGUACAUUGCUGCCGGGGAGGGUGUCAAGGAGGCGUUCAUCCAGGUCCUUGAGGACAACCAGGGGGCCAUAGCGUUGGUGCAGACCCCUCUCAGCUCAGGUCGCACGAAACACAUCGACGUGCGGUUUCAUUUCAUCCGCGGAUUGUUUAGGUCGGGGGAAAUUUCGGUCAAGAUUGUCCCGACAACGGAGCAACACGCGGACCUCCUCACCAAGGCCCUUAGCAGGGCCAGUCUGCAGUAUCACCGGCGCAAGCUGAAGAAUUUGCCGGAGUAGCUGUAGCAGUUUCUAGCACUUGGGAGAGGCCAUGUUUUCCAUGCGGGGAAAGGCGCAUAACUGUCGCGGUCUGUGUACCAAUGGAAGGAGCAGGGGGCGUUGGGAGACCAUCGUCCGGGGGAACGUAGUUCCUCGCGUUCUUGUCUUCGCCUUGGCCCUUCUAAUAAGUGCGGCCGUUGUGAUCCGCUGUGAUAGCGACGGGGCUUUUUGUGGUGGUAGGGUUUUUCCUUGAGGGGUUUUGCCCGGACG